AUAGGUACCAUAGCAUAGUACACAGUGGACCCUACGUAUGUAUGUACAUAGGUACCAUAGCAUAGUACACAGUGGACCCUACGUAUGUAUGUACAUAGGUAGGUACCAUAGCAUUAGUACACGUGGACCCAAUGUAUACAUAGGUGCCUUAGCAUAAUAGUACACAGUAUGAGGUGCCAGAGCACAAUACAGCAGAACCCCUGAAUAAAGGACACCUCCCUAUUAAGGACAUUUGUUUCUGCCCCCAUUAAACGGGCACCUAUGAUAACA